CGGGGCGGGGCGGGCGCUGCCCUGGCAGCCGCCGGGACGCCGCGAUGCCGGGCGCCGCGGGGAGACGGGCCCGUCCCGAGGAGCGGCGGCGCAGGGUGGCCCCGCUGGCCGCGGCCGAGGAGGGGGACGAGGCGCUCCUCAGGGGCAUCUUCGAGAUCGGCAAGAGGAGCUGCGACGUGGUGCUGAGCGCCCGGCGGCUGCGCUGGAGCCCCAUCCUGCCCGAGAGCCCCGCAGGUGAUUCCAGUAUGGUUUUACAGGCUCAAGAGGAGAUUGUGGAAAUGAAAGAUGUAUUUUCAGUAAAACUGAAACGCCGUCGUUUCGUAGGACAGAAAAAUGGUGGUACUCUGUUGGGUAUCACAAUUUUUAAAUGCUUGAAUAAAGGAGAAAAUAAAUUAACAGACUGUGCUAUCCAUUUAAAUAACUUAAGUGAAGAUCAUUGUUAUUUGUGGUUCAGACAUCUAAAGGAGAUUUUGAAUGGCUUUCAGAAUAGACCAAAAUCCUUAAAAGUGUUUGUUAAUCCAACCAGCCACAAAAGAGAAGCCACUCAUGUUUAUUAUGAACAAGUUGCACCUCUUUUUAAACUUGCUGACAUCAAAACUGAUGUCACGGUAACUGAAUAUGAAGGACAUGCGCUUUCAAUACUUAAAGAAUGUGAACUCCAGACAUUUGAUGGGGUAGUUUGUGUUGGUGGAGAUGGAUCUGUCAGCGAAGUUGCUCAUGGUCUGCUACUUAAAGCCCAGAUAGAUGCUGGAAAAGACACAGACUAUAUACAAAAGCCCGUUAGAGCACCAGUCCCUCUUGGAGUAAUACCAGCAGGUACUACUAAUAUUUUGGCCCACACUCUCUAUGGUAUUAAGCAUGCAGUGACUGCAACCUUGCACAUUGUAAUGGGGCAUAUUCAACCAGUAGAUGUCUGUACUUUCAGUACUCCAAGCAAGCUUUUGCGUUUUGGGUUCUCCGCUAUGUUUGGUUUUGGUGCAAGGACAUUAGCUUUGGCUGAAAAACACCGUUGGAUGCCCUCUGACCAGCGGAAGGAUUUUGCUUUUGUCAAAACACUGGCGGAUCUCAAGCCAGAGGAAUGUGAAUUAUCAUUUCUACCUCUACAAAUUCCACAGGAAGACUCUCGUGUGAAUGACAGAAAGAAAAAAGAGAAAAUUAGAGAGAAGGGUAGCAAGGAUCAAUGGCACAAAAUUCAGGGUCACUUCCUGAAUGUGAGCAUUAUGGCAAUCCCUUGUCUCUGUUCAAUGGCACCAAGAGGCUUGGCACCUAAUACGAGGUUGAAUAAUGGAAGCAUGGCUCUUAUUGUUGUACAAAAUACUUCUCGAACAGACUUUAUGAAACAUCUGAAAAGAUACGCCAGUGUAAAAAAUCAGUUCAAUUUCCCCUUUGUUGAGACCUACACGGUUCAAGAAGUAAAAGUACAACCAAGGCUUAACAGUGGUCUUGAUGCCAAAGAAAAUACAUAUUUGAAUGCUGCUUCUGCAGAAGGAGAUUACCCUUGGAAUAUAGAUGGAGACUUAAUGAAAGAAGCAUCAGAAAUUCAUGUUCGGGUGCAUCCUCAACUUAUUAAUCUGUAUGGAGUGAACACUGAUGACCUGGAGAGUUCCCAAGCAACAUGUAAUUGCAUAUAGAAGGGACAGACUGCAAGUUCUGUAUUAAAGAAUCCUUUUCUCACCCCUAUGCACAGCUUUGCAAAGCCCCAGUCUUUCAACUGAAUUCAGUUGUUGCAGCAGGAGCUUAACUGGGAUGCUUGUAAUAGUUCUGAUUUUAAAUUUUUAUGAAGUUAUGUAUUUGUAUCAGGUUGUAUUUAACUGUAAAGAAAAUAUUAGGCUGUACAAGAAAAAAUGAAAACUGAUUGUAUUGAUCUUUUAUAAAUUUGGAAUUUGAGAAAUGUCCAUCAAUAGAAGAAAAUAUUUUUUCUUUAAAGUCGUUCUAGCUUUUGCAAUCAAUGUUGUAUGAGAUGCUUUUAAGUUUGCAGCUGCUAUUCAUGUUGUUAGGUAAUGCUGCUCAAAUAGAGCUGGUGAGUGGAGGUAUGGUACCACCUCAUGCCAAAAGGUAGUGGCAAAUAGAUUUUUUUCUUUUUUAAUAGAGUACUUCAAUUUGUAGUUAUUAUUUUUAAUGUUGAUUUAAUGUAUCUGCUUUUGAAUAAUUUCUAGUGAAGCAAUAAUACAAAAGAAUGUGCUGAUGUCUUAUAUGUCUUUUCUUUGUUCAAAUGUAUUUUAAAGACUACUCUUUAUAUAAAAUAAAUAUUUAUCUAUCCUAGAACCGAACUGAUAUCCAGCAUAGGUUUUGUUGUUGCUGAGAGCAGUUAUGAUAAAUAACAUGGAGCCGACUUAGAUUCUUAUAACUUCCCAAUAGGAUGUAAACAUAAUUUUGCAAAUCUACAAUACAGUUAUUUGAGAUGACAGCAAAUUAAUAUUAUGUUCUUUCUGGGAACAGGCUUUCUCUGAGGUGAUGAAAAGUAGCAGACCAACAAGUUUGUCUGUCUGCAGGACCAUGGGGGUAAUGAACAUUUUCUUGGUCACUUGUCUAUGAAUCGUUCCAAGGGCAGCUGGCAAACAGUGGUAUGAAAGCUGCAUUGUCUUGCGGCUAGAAUGAGCUGCUUUACGUUCUUCCUUCAGUAAGCAGUCAAGUAUAAUAUGAAAGACAGUGCUUUAACAUUUUGUUAAAUCAAGGGCCUAAGCCUUUGCACAGGAUCUAUAGCUACAAUUUUUUAAUUUGAUUUUAAAUACUAUUUGUGAAAAAUUAUUCUGUGAUAAAUAUACAAGAUAAAGUAGUACUGCACCUGAAGUACUGCAGAUGGUUAUUUGUCUCCUAAGAACAAGCUGUUACUUGUUGGAAAUCUCAUGGAGUUUCUGCAGGCAAACUUGACUAGCAAUAAAGGCCAAAUUCAUGGACAACUGAAUGCCUGCUUUGUAGGCAAUUAUUAUAGGAAUCUUAUAGCUGCUCUUUGCACUGGAUUUAGUGGCUGCAUAUGGUUAAGAGUCACAGCAUCCUUUGGGCUGGAUGGGGCCGCAGCAGGCUGCAGCCCAGCUCUGCUCUUCAGAGCAGGCACAGCCAUGAGAUCAGAACUGGUUGCUCAGGCUUCAUCCAGUCUGGCCCUGAAACCUCCAAGGAUGGAGAAGACACCAACUUUCUGCACCCAACUUUCUGCACCCCUGUUCUGAUGUCUGGCUGUCCUCAUGAGGAAAAUGGUUUCUCUCAUGUUUGGUUGGAACCUCUCACUUCAGCUUAGACCUGUUGUCUGAGUCACAGUGAGUAGUUUCCAGUUAAACUACUAUAAUUGAUAUCACGUCAAAUAUAUUUAACAUGUUAAGAUAAUUCAAAUUAAGCUUCCUGACAUUGUCUAGGAGAUUCCAGCUAUAUUUAGGAGAUUUAAAUGUUUUUAUUACAUAGCUGAAAACUAACAAAAUAAUUGAACUUGCAGAAGAAACUGCAUUCAGGUGCUUAACUUGUCUGGGUUCUUUUUAAUAAAAUGAAAUUGAGUGAUACUUUAUAACCUUGCCACCAUCAGGACAAGGUAUAUUCAGUUUUUAUCAGUCUUAUAAAAGCUAAUUGAUUUUUGCUUCAUAUCCUAAAAACAGGCAGACAUUUACAUGUUAGUAAUAAAAUCUGAUUAGGAAGUACACGAUUUCCAAAGCAACGUAAUCACAAGUACUGACUUAUGUAAACUUAUUUCAAAGAUAAAUAAAAUGCUUUAGU